AAUGACUCAGGUAGCUUCAAUUUAGAACUUACUCAUUGAUGAUGAUAAUUCGACUCUAAGACAAUAAUAAGGAUUGGGCAUUGCUAAAAAAAUAAAAAAGAAGGAGAAACGAUGCUUUUGUAGACAAUAGAAACAGAAAAAAAUAUAUAAAUUUAUUUCACCAGAGGAAUCCUCUUAUGAAUGUGAUGGAUGGGAAGAGGAAGACUAUUUUAAUAGAUAGUCCGAAAAUCGUAGAUAGAACAAGGAAAUAACAGAUCUUAAAUGCGUUGCUUGGAACCUCGAACUCUUCAUCAAAAAUGCAAAAGAAUAACUUGCAUAUUUGGAGGGAACUAUGCAGUCAAAUCUUGCAACAAAUUGA